CAUCCACUAACCAUGGCUCUUAGAUAACGACGGUGCACUAAACCUUUCUAGGCAUAAGGUGGUCGACAUCGAGGUGGAGACUCAAAAGAGUUCAACUCCAUCGCGUACAGCAUACACGCGGUCCUCGGAGGUAUAUGCCUAUUCCAGAGGCUGGGGAGUAUAGCGAAAAGACCAAGAAGGGAAUAGACCACCAGCUUGAUUUUGGCGACCCGAUUGUCACCCACCAAUCCCAUACCUCAAAAUAUCGCAGUGUACCUAUAGGGGAUCCAUUCAUAGUCUUUUGUUUCAAGUAUCGACCUUUGAGUGUGCUCCCCGCUCUUGACAUCGCACCAUCACCUCUUCGCCCGGCUCAGCGUACGACGGAAUCCACUGUCAUCGACCUCACAUCUGAUGGGGAUGAGUCUGAGACAGACAGUAAAGAACUGGAAGCUCUGAAGGCCAGGAUACAGAUUAUUGAAGGGAAAUGGAAACGGCGAGAAGGCGCUUCCAAGUACAGGAAGAAGAUCAAACUCGAGCCCGUGAAGACGGAGAACUUGCUGGACAGCUUAUUGAUUUGACAUGAUAGCUAUGACUUUUAUUCGCUUAUCUUAUUGGCAAGUCAACCUUUGUUAUGGUAGAACCAAUGCCGAGACUAUUCAUCUAGUAUUUUGGUUAAUGGCGGGACGUCGCACUAGUAGUAUAGCGUCUUAUUCUAUCCAGGAACAGUAUUUCGCAUCUCAGCAUGAUACUCAAUACCAAGUUGUAGUUGCCCAAGCUUCCAAUUCCAACCUCUUUCAACGUUCUGCAGGGCAUCCGG